UCUUCUCUCCAGGUGACCGGGCAUUGAUGCACCCCCAAGGGAGGCCACGCGCUCAAGGAGGCCACCCCUGCUCGCUGCUGCUCACAUGGUUUCUGGGCCCCUGGCACUCCGGUGGUACGCGUGGGCAGGGCGUGGGGACAUGGGGCCUGACAUGGAGCUGCCCAGCCAUUCGAAGCAGCUCCUGCUGCAGCUGAACCAGCAGAGGACAAAGGGCUUCCUGUGUGAUGUCAUCAUCAUGGUGGAGAACUCCAUCUUCCGGGCCCACAAGAAUGUCCUAGCCGCCAGCAGUAUUUACUUCAAGUCCCUGGUCCUGCACGACAACCUCAUCAACCUGGACACGGACAUGGUCAGCUCCACAGUGUUCCAGCAGAUCCUGGACUUUAUCUAUACGGGGAAGCUGCUGCCCAGCGACCAGCCAGCUGAGCCCAACUUCAGCACUCUCCUCACUGCCGCCAGCUACCUCCAGCUGCCCGAGUUGGCAGCCCUCUGCCGUCGAAAGCUCAAGCGAGCCGGCAAGCCUUUCGGUUCUGGACGGGUGGGGGCUGCUGGCAUGGGGCGGCCCCCCCGCAGCCAGCGGCUAUCCACAGCUUCUGUCAUCCAGGCUCGGUAUCCAGGGCUCAUGGAUGGGCGCAAGGGGGCCCACACCCCCCAGGAGCUCCCCCAGGCCAAAGGCUCGGAUGAUGAGCUCUUCCUCGGCAGCUCCAAUCAGGAGAGUGCACACAGCCUGGGCCGGGCCAUCUGUCCAGCCAGUGGGGAGGCCGGCCUGGGCAGUUGUAGCACCAAUGGGAGCAGUGGGGGCUGCGAGCAGGAGCUGGGCCUGGACUUGUCCAAGAAGAGCCCUCCUUUGCCCCCCGCCACUCCUGGUCCCCCCCUCACCCCAGAUGAUCCCGCCCAGCUAAGUGACAGUCAGCAUGGCUCACCGCUCUCGGCCUCAGCUCCUCCUGUUGCCAACAGUGCCUCUUAUGCCGACCUGGGGGGCACCCCCAGUGAGCCCAUGGAUCUGGAGGGGCCUGAGGACAACCACCUGAGCCUGCUGGAGGGGCCUGGCGGGCAGCCCCGGAAGAGCCUCCGGCACUCGGCCCGCAAGAAGGAGUGGAGCAAAAAGGAGCCCAUGGCAGGUUCCCCCUUUGAGCGGAGGGAAGUGGGGCCCAAGGGCUCCUGCCCAGGGGAAGAGAGUGAAGGGCUUGGGGACAGGGUUCCCAACGGCAUCCUGGCCAGCGGUGUAGCAGGGGGCGGCCCCAGCGGGCCCUACAGGGAGCCCCCAUACCCCUGCAAGGAGGAGGAAGAGAACGGCAAGGACGGGAGUGAGGACAGCGGGCAGAGUGAGAGUGAGGGGGGCAGUGGCCACGCCAGCGCCCACUAUAUGUACCGGCAGGAAGGCUACGAGACAGUGUCCUAUGGGGACAACCUGUACGUGUGCAUCCCCUGCGCCAAAGGCUUCCCCAGCUCCGAGCAGCUCAACGCCCACGUGGAGACGCACACGGAGGAGGAGCUGUUCAUCAAGGAGGAGGGCGCCUACGAGACAGGCAGCGGGGGUGCGGAGGAGGAGGCGGAGGACCUGUCCACGCCCAGUGCCGCCUACGCAGCCGAGCCCCGGCCCUUCAAGUGCUCCGUCUGUGAGAAGACCUACAAGGACCCGGCCACCCUGCGACAGCACGAGAAGACACACUGGCUGACGCGGCCCUUCCCCUGCAACAUCUGCGGCAAGAUGUUCACGCAGCGCGGCACCAUGACGCGCCACAUGCGCAGCCACCUGGGCCUGAAGCCCUUCGCCUGCGAUGAGUGUGGCAUGCGCUUCACCCGCCAGUACCGCCUGACGGAGCACAUGCGCGUGCACUCGGGGGAGAAGCCCUACGAGUGCCAGCUCUGUGGGGGCAAGUUCACCCAGCAGCGCAACCUCAUCAGCCACCUGCGCAUGCACACUUCCCCCUCCUAGAAGCCAAAGACCUUCUCCAGCCUGGGGCGCGCUCUGCAGACUCGCCUUCUGCAGACUCGCCCCGGGAACAAUGGAAGAAAGAAGUAAGGAGGCCCAGGGGGCAGGCCCGGACCCCAAAUCUAGCGGGGGUGGCUCCUGGUGACACCUCCGGCCUGCCCCGCUACCCAGAGCUUUAAUCCACAGUCUGUACCAAGGGAAGAGAGCAGAAGGCCGGGUCCUGAACCCCAAAGGUAUUGUGGGUGUGCAGUCUACCUCCAGAUCCCGCCCAGGCCCCUGCCCCCUCUCCCAGGGCUCCCAUAGGGCCUGUGGGAGUGGGUCACGGGGUGCGGACCCGGCCUUUUUCUCACAGGUCAGGUCUGAGCAGGGGAGUGGGGACCUCCCUCUGUGCUGGGAGGAUCAGGGCUGCCUGUGGCCAGGGGCAUGUCCCUGUACGCAGGAGUGCUAGUCUGUGUGCGGCCACGUUGGCUGUAAGGGGAGCAGUGCUGGAUGGGAGGCGAUGGAGGCCCCCCCCUCGAGCCAGGGGGGCCCUCACCACCUACCUCUCCACAGCUAAAGAGCCCUCCGGGCUGGUGUUGCUGUUAUUCCUACUGAUCUGUUCCUUUUUUCUUUGUGAGUUUUGUUUUUUAAACCAAAACCAACAAGAGUUUAUUUUCCUCCUGGCCCCUCGGGGCUGAGCCUGGGUCUGCAGACUGAAUGUAUGGGGCACUCGCCCCUCCCGCCUGGCUGCAGGCUUGGGGCGCCCACCCCUCCAGGCCCCAGAAGCCCUUCUUGGCCAAAGGCUUCCCUGGGCCCAGCCCACCUCGGCUGCCUCAGGAGAGAGAGUGCUUUUCCUAUAGUUUCUGAGGAAUCUUCUUUGUUUAGAGGUACUUGUUUUUUAUUAAGAGAAAAACCAGUGUAACGUUUAUGUGAAUGUUUGAACUGGAAGGUCUGGGGUUCGAGGGGGGAGGGGGGAGGCUGGACUGGGUGCCAGGGCCGUCGGUACUCUCGUUUUCCUUUUCUUUGUGUGUGUGGUAUGCGCAGUGCGUGUGGACAGAUGUUGCGCUUUCCUUCUUCCUUACCUGUCAGGGUGGAGAGACUUCUGACCUUUUGCUACCUCUUGAAAUUCACGAAGAACAGUAAGUUGGUGACUGGCAGCUGAGGCAGUGACACUUUUGCUUUCCUCUCUUUAGUGCACAAAGACGUUCAAGUGCACAGCCCUGGGCCCACCAUGCAUCACACUCGGUGAGGCUCCUGCAGCUUUGGAGUCUCUGCUUGUGCGUGGGUGUUCUCCUGGGCACGGGGCUAGUCCUGGCCACCCUGAGGGUGUUCUCCUGGGCACGGGCUAGUCCUGGCCACCCUGAGGGUGUUCUGAGUGUCUGCUGAGCCAGGGGGCCCGCACAGCUCCAGUCUGGGCCAGGUGAGGGUGUGAGGGCUCCAGCCCCAGGGGAGCCAGGUAUUGGGCAACCGGGAGAUGGGUGCCAGCUCUUUUCAGCUCCUUGCCAGGACGAGGAUGAGCGGAAGUGAGCCCCCUAUCCUGUUCCCUGGGCCUGCAAGAGCUGGAGCUUGAGCUUGGGAAAGGAGCAGCCCCGCCUAGCCAGUGCUAGCCAGUGUGGAGGCAUGGGAAGGGCUGGCCAAAGUGAUGUGUCCCCUCUGGGGGAUAGGAAGGGGACUGGCCCUACUUGGGCGAGUCCUGGCCCACUGCCACUCUGUCUCGGGGCUGGCUGCCACCCAUUGGCUCAGCCCUGUCUGGGUUUCACCCCUCGCCCCUCACUUGGGGUUUUCUCCACCAGCCUCAGGCAGCUCCAUGGGCCCAGCGCUCACAAGGCCAGACCAAGGUGCCGAAGUUGGCUCCUCUGUCCUCGGCCGACAGGAGCCACAGGGCUGAGCCGGUGGCUUUAUCUUCUUCAUUUUGCUUCGUGCUUUUGCUUUUUUUUUUCCUUCUUUUUUUUUCUUUCUAUUCUAAGUUCAGACCAAAAAAUUCCAGAGUCAUCCCUACCCCGAACCCUUCCAGAGACCCUCCAGCUGAAAACAGCCUGAGUUCAGGGACCCGAGUGGUGAGUGGUGUGUUUUGGGACUGAGGGCUCCUGGGUGAGGGCUCCUGAGUGAGCCCUCAGGCAGUGCCCGCAGCCCUGAGCCAGCUCCUCCUCCUUUAGCUGGGACACGGAGGACUGUGCCCAGGGUCUCUUGUUCCAGCAGGUCAGUGAGGGGCAGGGCCUGCCGCAGGCCCCUUUGCUCUCCCGACCCCACCCACUCCGUCAGCACUUAAGCCACACGACACAAAGUCUGUACUGCAUGGGAGGCGCACACAUGCCUGGUCUGUGUGUGGCCCCCGCCGUGGGCAGCGGGAGCGUGAGGUGACGCGUGAAAGUGGGCGAUUCAUUUGCAGAGCUUCAGGGACUGGGCGCAGAGGCCCUCACUCAACGACGCUUGUGCGACAUAGUAUUGUACCCACCAGAGUAUUGUAUCGAGCCUUGUCUGUGUUUUAACAAGAAAGCAAAACACUAGUUUCCUAGGUAAGGUUUUAAGGGUUUGUGGGUCAGGGUGGGAUUGACACACCUUGGUUUUGUUUUCUUUUUCCUUUGGUUUCAUGUGGCGUGUGUGUGAGUGUGCGUGGAAAUGUGUUAAGAGCCUCACAAGGAAAUUAGGCCAUUGGAGGCCCAGGGCGGCUUACAGUUCUCUGCUUUAGUCACUUAAUUCCUGAAUGUUUUGGUGAAACAGGAAACAGAAAAUAGCAGUUGUCAUGUAGGAAAGAGAGGAUAAACAACAACAAAAAGAAAAAAGCAAAAAAAAAAAAAAAAAAAAAAAAGCUCAUACCCAAAUUCACAAAACCUAUUUUUUAAACCAAAGCACAUUUUGAAUGAGUAUGGAACCUCAACAGGCUCA